AAGUUUUAUUCAAUAGGUCAUAAAACGCGUAGCAGAUCAUUGUCCUCCUAUAACAAUACUAAUUACAGUCAAUAAAACUGAGCUAUCAUAAAACAAAACCCUGUAAAAAUAAAAAUAUGAAUCCAAAUAAAAACUAGACAGUUUCCUAUCCAGAUUAGGCUGAAUAGCAUGUUUACGGUUGCCUUUCCUGUUUGAAAAAGGUAGACUGUAAACAAACAUGGUUGAAGCGAAACGUCAAAAUCAGUCGGUCGCCGAAAGCGGCGCGGCACGGUGUCGCUUAAAUUAAUAAAUAAACGAUUAUGGUGUAUUUUCCGGUGCGCAAGUGCUACCAGGCGGCCAAGUUAGUGCUGUUGGUGCUUCUAGUGAUUACAAUAUUAGCCUUGUUCGAGCAAUGGCGAGGCGGCAAGAAGAAUACGCUGGCGGAGUAUUCAGACCCUCUUGAAGCUGAAUACGAGAGACAGAUCUUGGAAGAUGAGUCCAGGAUCAUCCCGGGGCUGGGGGAGGGCGGCGCGGCGGCACAUCUCAUCGGCGAGGAGAAGAAGCGCGGCGAGGAGUCGGAGAAGAAGCUUGCCAUCAAUGUGUACCUCAGCGACAGGAUCCCGUACAACAGAACGCUGAAAGACUUCCGCAACCCCGCGUGCAAGCGCGUGACGUACGACGCGGAGCUGCCGUCGGCGUCGGUGAUCCUGAUCUUCCACAACGAGCCGUACUCCGUGGUGGUGCGCACCAUCUGGAGCGUGGUGAACUCCGCGCGCCGCGACCAGCCCUGGUACAGCCGCGCCAACUUCAUCGACAGGAACACUGGACGCCAGACUGUUGCUGGCUACCCAGGUCAAGACCCGAACUCGCCGUUCGUGUACCUGAAGGAGAUCAUCCUGGUGGACGACAACUCGACGCUGCCGGAGCUGAAGGGCAAGCUGUCCCACUACGUGCGCACGCGUCUGCCGCCCGACCUCAUCCGCAUCCUGCGCCUGCCCGACCGCGUGGGGCUGACGCGCGCGCGGCUGGCGGGCGCGCGCUACGCGGCCGGUGACGUGCUGGUGUUCCUGGACUCGCACUGCGAGGCGCAGCCCGACUGGCUGCGGCCGCUGCUGCAGACCAUCAAGGACGACCCCCACGCCGUCGUCGUGCCCAUCAUUGACGUCAUCGAGUCCAACAAUUUCUUCUACAGCGUGCUCGACACCAGCGUCUUUCAGGUGGGGGGGUUCUCGUUCAUGGGCCACUUCACGUGGACGGAUGUGCCUGAACGAGAGAAGAAGAGAAGAGGAUCUGAUAUUGCGCCAACAUGGUCACCCACGAUGGCGGGCGGCUUGUUCGCGAUCAGCCGCUCGUACUUCUGGGAGCUGGGCGCGUACGACGAGCAGAUGGGCGGCUGGGGGGGAGAGAACCUCGAGAUGUCCUUCCGGAUAUGGCAGUGCGGCGGCACGCUAGAAACCAUACCGUGUUCUCGCGUGGGUCACGUGUUCCGCAGCUUCCAUCCAUAUGGCAUGCCCGCUCAUAUGGACACACAUGGUAUAAACACGGCGCGCAUGGCGGAGGUGUGGAUGGACGAGUACGCUGAACUGUUCUACCUGCACAGACCCGACCUCAGGAACAACCCGAAGAUAGGCGACGUGACGCACCGCAAGAUCCUCCGCGAGAAGCUCAAGUGCAAGAGCUUCCAGUGGUACCUCGACAACAUCUACAAGGAGAAGUUCGUGCCCGUGCGCGACGUCUACGGAUACGGCAGGUUCAAGAACGAGGCGACUCAGAUGUGCAUCGACACACUGCAGCGCGAGGCGGAGGCGUCGCCGCUGGGCUGCUACCCGUGCCACCCCGACCUGCAGGCCACGCAGUACUUCUCCUUCUCCCUCGCGGGCGAGCUGCGCGACGAGUUCAACUGCGCCACGGUGCAGCCCGCCAGGAUGUCAGCGGACGAGCGAUCCUCCGAAGCAUCCCGCGCGGUGGUGAUGACGCCGUGCCACGGGCUGGGGCGCGAGCAGAAGUGGCGGCGCCUCAGCAGCGGCCAGCUGCAGCACGCGGCCACGCGCCUGUGCCUCGCCGCGCCGCCCGACGUCGGCGACGUGCGGGCGGCGCCCUGCCGCCCUGACGCCGCCGACCAGUACUGGACUAUCGAUUAUACCGAGGAUAAUAACUUUCAUGCUAAUGAAUUGAGAUUCGGUCCUGAACGAGAGAAGAGGCUGAACAGACUGCGAGGACAACGCCGCAUCUCCCGCUCGCUGCUGUCGUACGGCGGCGCGGGCGACAACAUGCUGGAGGACACGCGCCGACAGGACGGCGAGAACGCCACCGUCAGGCGACACUCGCACAAGAGCAAGCACCGCAAGCGUCACGGUCGCAAGCGCAGCCGCUCGAGCAAGAAGCGCACGAAGAACAAGUUCAUCCUGAAGAUCAUGCGCACGCUGAUGAACGGCACGGAGGAGCACCUGGAGGUGGACAUCCACUGCAAGCACCGCCAGCUCUUCCCCAACAACAGCUUCGUGCGCGACCUCGUCACCAUACUCAACGAUAAGAAUGUUAAGGUGGUGAACAACGGGCGCGUGUUCGAGCGCAACAAGGUGACGGAGCUGGAGGCGGCGCAGUCGCACAAAGUGCUCAACAAGAUGGACAUCGACCCCCCCGCGCAGCCCCCCCCAGCCCCCGCGCCGCCCGACCAGCCCCUCGCGCCCGUCGGCGUCGCCGCCAUGCGGGAGGGGAUCUUCCACCAGAUCAAGCAGCGCAUGAAGAAGCAGAAGCCGGGCGUGCAGUCCGUGCAGUCCGUCAUCUCGCGCGAGCUGCUGGGCGGCGCCGGGGGCGGGGCCGGGGGCGGCGCGGGGGCGGGGCGCGUGGAGCUGGCGCCGCCCCCCGCCCCGCCCAGCGCCCGCGACGCCCACUCGCGGGGGGCGCAGCGCGAUGCGGAGAAGAAGAUCAUUAUCGAGGACUUUGUCGAGGUGAAGAGAUUGACCGCUACCACUAUGCAGCCGCCCAACAAGCGUAUGCGCAAGCGCAAGCGCAAGCGUCCCCGCGGCGGCGUGACGCCCGCGCUGGCGGCGCCGCCCUCCCCCGCGCCCCCCGCGCCCGCACUCACCGACGCGCCCGCCGCGCUCAGGGAGGGGACCAGAGAUGACAAGUCUGGUGGUCAGGAGUCGGAGGGCGAGUCUGGCGAGGACGCGCCGCUGAUGGACGACAGCAUGGACCGCUCCGCCGGACGAGAGGACUGGCCCAUCGGUGAGUCCCGCUUCCGUCGCACAAACACGCACGGCGGCUACCCGCACGCCGCCGAGCACGCGGCCCCGCACGUGCACAGCCUCGGGUGUGAACACCACGCACCUAGCAGGAAGGACAUCGACGUCGAGUACAUGCCCGAUGACGGUACCGGCAUGUACCGGAACAACGGCAGCGGCGAGGUGGCGCCCGUGAAGGUCGUGAUGAGGAGCAACCUCACCUUCAACCUCGGAGACGAGUUCUUCAACUGGAGGAACCGGAACUCCCCCAUCACCGAUGACAUUGUUAACGAGUUCCUUGGCGACCUGACCAUCCCGAGUAACAGCAGCGAGCCGCGCGACACGCACGACACACACAACACACACGACACGCACGACAAGGCCGACAACUCCGACAACAGCUCGUCUGAAAGCAGCGGCGAGUGACGACACGUACUUACUAGCCAGCAAUUAUUA